AUGUUCAGAUCAUGCUAUACUUGCCGGCGUAGGCAUGUUGAAUGCCAAAUGACCCAUCCGCCUUGUAAGAAGUGUCAAAAGGCAGGGCUAGAGUGCCUUCAAAAAAGACCCCUCCGUUGGGUCGAUGGGCCGGCUUUCCGGAAUAGAGCGCGAACUUCACAAGCUCACCAAAGAGAUAAAUCCAACACCCUCAACAAAGGUGAUUACGGGGAAUCUUGUCUCUAUGAAUCUAGGCUGGCAGAAUCAACAUUGGAGGCCACAAACGCUGUGGAAAGGAAAGGACAGUCGGCCAUUUCGCACAAGGGAGACCACAUCAGCAUCCACAUAAGCAUUCCGCCAAGUUUGAAGGAUCCUUCCUUUGACGCCCUGGAUGAUGCAUCCAUGUAUUACUUGAAUUAUUACAGCAAAUGUGUGUGCAAGUUGUUUGUCAUGUUCGACAGCCAGCGAAACCCUUUGAGACAACUUAUUCCGGCAGCGUUGGCUAAUCCAGCCUUGACUGCCUCUGUGAUGGCCCUCUCAGCUCGGCACAUGGCAAAUGGCCAGCAAAUACAAUGUCAGGGGCAGGACGAAGACCACGCGACGCGCUUCAAGGCACAUACUGAUGGCUUAAUGUACAAACAAAAGGCCAUAUGCGGGCUGAUCCAGGCGCUCAAUGAUCCAAUAUCGAGGUCGAGAGAUGUCCUUAUUCUGAGCGCGUUUAUAUUGAUUUUCCUCGAUCUUUUAGAGUCGGGGCGAGACCAGUGGAAAUCCCACCUAGGGGGCAUCAAAAAACUUGUUAGUGGCAUGCAUACUGCGGAGACUUCUCGGCAUUUAGAAGCAACUAUUGAAGGCACGCGGGAAUUUAUAAUGGGGCAGAUUUACCUGAUCGAAACACUUGGUGCCACAUUUGGCGGUCGCGAACUAUUGUCUGGGGCGGAUAUUUCGCCCCAACAAGCUGCACCGCUGCAGAUGAGCAUCGACAGGGCUUAUAUCGGUUGCCCUGAGUACCUUCUAUAUGCCGUUCGCUUCUUUUCAAAAGCUAGGGACCGCUUAGCUGAUCCGAGGCACCUUGAUACGCCUGAGACCUAUUCUUUCCUCCAGUCAGUCACAAGUAUGCUCGAUUCUACCAUGAGCUUUGAUUGCCACAAUUGGGUGACCGAGACCCUGCGAGCCUCAUCCACCACUUCAACAACGCGAAAUAUACAGUCUCUCGAACAUUUAGCCCAGGCAUAUAAAUCUGCAACUCUAAUCUACGGUUGGCGGGUCUGUGAUCGGCUUACUGGAAAUGAAACCCCCUUGGAUGACCUGGUAAAAGCGCUGGUCGUAGAGGCUGAAACACUGAGGAGGGAUGAAGCGCUAUUCAAAUGCAUACUAUGGCCUCUUUUUAUUGCGGGGCUGGAGUCCCAAGAGCAAUCCCAAAAGAGCCACAUCAGGAAUUGUCUGGAGAGCUUUUGGUUUGAGACCAAAUGCAUCAAUGUGAUAAAUGCGGUAACAAUACUCGAAAGGUUCUGGGUGGACCCAUCGAACGUGGAAGACGACUCAAGCAGCUGGGUUUUCCGCAUGGGCCAGCUAGAAGGCGAUUGGCUAUUAAUCUAA